ACCGCACAGCGCACACAGCCCCGGCCUGGGCACCCGCGCCCGCUCGCGGCUCCAGGCGGGGUGGGCGGCGCCGCGCGAGGGGUCCCCGGCGCCCAUUGCUCCCGCCACCCGGCUGCGCGGACCCGCGCCAGUGCGCGGGCGGGGGCGGCGCGCCGCGGUGGCCCGGCGUCCCGUGUGCGUCCCGUGUGCGCCCCGCGUGCGCCCCGCGGGGGCGCGGCCAGCGCCGGAGUAGACACCUGUCCCGCCCGCCGCGGCCAGCAGCCUCGGAGGAAGCCAGGGCAAAGAGGGCCGGCGGGGACCAGGUCCGCGCUGGAGGAAGCCGCGCCCGGCCAAGGCCCCGGACCCUGCGCCCCGAGCUCCACGGCACCAUGGCCCCGAAGCUGCUGCUCCUCCUCUGCCUGUUCUCGGGCUUGCACGCGCGGUCCAGAAAGGUGGAAGAGGAUGAAUAUGAAGAUUCAUCAUCAAACCAAAAGUGGGUCUUGGCUCCAAAAUCCCAAGACACUGACGUGACUCUUAUUCUCAACAAGUUGCUAAGAGAAUAUGAUAAAAAGCUGAGGCCAGAUAUUGGAAUAAAACCGACCGUAAUUGACGUUGACAUUUAUGUUAACAGCAUUGGUCCCGUGUCAUCAAUAAACAUGGAAUACCAAAUUGACAUAUUUUUUGCUCAGACCUGGACAGAUAGUCGCCUUCGAUUCAACAGCACAAUGAAAAUUCUUACUCUGAACAGCAACAUGGUGGGGUUAAUCUGGAUCCCAGACACCAUCUUCCGCAAUUCUAAAACCGCAGAGGCUCACUGGAUCACUACACCCAAUCAGCUCCUCCGGAUUUGGAAUGACGGGAAAAUCCUUUACACUUUGAGGCUCACCAUCAAUGCCGAGUGCCAGCUGCAGCUGCACAACUUCCCCAUGGACGAGCACUCCUGCCCGCUGAUUUUCUCCAGCUAUGGCUAUCCCAAAGAAGAAAUGAUUUAUAGAUGGAGAAAAAAUUCAGUGGAGGCAGCUGACCAGAAAUCAUGGCGGCUCUAUCAGUUUGACUUCAUGGGCCUCAGAAACACCACAGAAAUCGUGACAACAUCUGCAGGUGAUUAUGUUGUCAUGACUAUAUAUUUUGAAUUGAGUAGAAGAAUGGGAUACUUCACUAUUCAGACAUACAUUCCUUGUAUACUGACUGUGGUUUUAUCUUGGGUGUCAUUUUGGAUCAAAAAAGAUGCUACACCAGCAAGGACAGCAUUAGGUAUCACCACGGUGCUGACCAUGACCACCCUGAGCACCAUUGCCAGGAAUUCCUUGCCACGCGUGUCCUACGUGACCGCCAUGGACCUCUUUGUGACCGUGUGCUUCCUGUUUGUCUUCGCGGCGCUGAUGGAGUAUGCCACCCUCAACUACUAUUCCAGCUGUAGAAAACCGACCACCACGAAGAAGACAACAUCGUUACUACAUCCAGAUUCCUCAAGAUGGAUUCCUGAGCGAAUAAGCCUACAAGCCCCCUCCAACUAUUCCCUCCUGGACAUGAGGCCACCACCACCUGCGAUGAUCACUUUAAACAAUUCCGUUUACUGGCAGGAAUUUGAAGAUACCUGUGUCUAUGAGUGUCUGGAUGGCAAAGACUGUCAGAGCUUCUUCUGCUGCUAUGAAGAAUGUAAAUCAGGAUCCUGGAGAAAAGGGCGUAUUCACAUAGACAUCUUGGAGCUGGACUCGUACUCCCGGGUCUUUUUCCCCACGUCCUUCCUGCUCUUUAACCUGGUCUACUGGGUCGGAUACUUGUAUCUCUAAGUGUUGCUCAGAAUGAAGAGUGAAAAGCA